AUGACUGACGUGCUCCUCAACGAUAAGUUUUACCUCCGAUACUACACCGGACACUCGGGUGCUCACGGACACGAGUUUCUCGAAUUUGAAUACUCUCAUGGCCGGAUCAGAUACGCCAACAACUCAAACUACCGAAAUGACAGCCUUAUCCGAAAAGAGAUGUAUAUAUCCCCUGCUCUCGUGGAAGAAUUGAAGAGAAUUGUGAGGGAAAGCGAAAUCACAAAGGAGGAUGAUGAGUCUUGGCCAAAGAAGAAUGUUAGCGGGAAACAGGAGCUUGAGAUACGGUUAGACAAGGAGCAUAUCUCUUUUGAAACCGCUAAAAUUGGUUCUUUGAGUGAUGUGGAGCACUCUGAAGACGCAGAUGGACUGCGCGUCUUUUACUAUCUUGUGCAAGACCUGAAGUGUUUCAUCUUCGCUCUCACACAGAUGCACUUCAAGAUCAAGCCUAUUCAAGUUUAG